AUGGAAUUUUUUUACGAGGAGCAGGUAGCUAAUAUCGAAGACAGCAAGACGAACGGCUCUCAAGAAGAAAAUGAAUCAAUAGAGCAUAAUGAAAAUAAUGGAUUUCAUAGUCGAGACGACAAAACAAAUGAGGCCUUCCAGAAGCUAGAAGAGGAAGUCAAUAUGCGAUACGAAAAGACCACGAGCGCAUUCAAAAAAUUAGUUGUUGAGAAAGAUGACGGAAUUGAAAUCAACUUACCAAUUAGCAAUGAAACUACAGAGGCUGCUCAAAAAUACUUGAAAAAGCUAGACGAUAAUAUACACAAUGUAGAGAGUUUAGCCCAGUCAUAUUGGAGUAAAAUGAAAACAAAAACUUUCUGGUCUGGUUUUAGCGGCAUCGAUGAUACGACGAACAACGAUUCCGCUAAUAAGGGUGAGAAUUCAAAAGAAAAUGAAAUCGCUGUAGGCGGAAAUAGAACAGAUGCUGAACUAAGGAUACUAUCAAGAGAUAAGUCAAUUUAUUUGAGCAAUAAAAUAGAUUUGCAACAGGAGCCAUUUGAUGUGGAUGAGAAAACUGAGGAUAUAUGUUCAAUCUUACAGAACGAUAAGGAUAUUUCCAAAUUAAUGAACGAUAUUGUACCUCAUCAAAUUAGUUAUAAAAACUUUUGGAAUAUUUAUUUCCUACAAAAGAACAGAAUAUUGGAUAAAGAAAGUAAAAGAAAAGAAAUCUUGUCUAAGAAGGAUAAGGAAACAGAAGAGGAGGAAGUUGAGUGGGAUGAUGAAGACGAUGAGGUAGAAGGAGUUGAUGGAAACAAGCGUGAAAAAGAAACAAAUGCUGAUGUGCCAGAAGAGGAAUUGAAAGAGAUUACUGGCGCUGAGAGCCUCGUUGAGAAUGACGAUGAUGGUGAUGAUGACGAUGAUGACUGGGAAUAA